AUGCGUUACUCUUACGUUGCUGCUACCCUCGUCGGUUCGGCCUUGGCCAUGCCUCAAUAUGGCUACUCAGCGGUUGUCCCUACUGGAUACCAGCCUGCCCCAACUUCUUCAACGCCAUAUGAAGCAUCAACUCCCAGUGCCUACCAUGCCUCGACUCCUGUCUCCUCCAAGGGCUACGAAGCAUCCACACCCAGCUCUGAGGUCCACUACCCAGCUAGCACGCCAGUCUACGAGGCGUCGACCCCUCCUGCUUACAGUGCUUCCACUCCUGCAGCGAGCUCUUCGGCCUACCACGCCUCGACUCCUGUUUACAGCGCGUCGACUCCUCCUGCUUACAGUGCUUCCACUCCUGCAGCCAGCUCUUCCGUUUACCACGCUUCGACUCCCGUCUACAGCGCGUCUACUCCUGCAGUGAGCUCCUCGGCCUACCACGCCUCAACGCCUGUCUACAGCGCGUCCACUCCCGUCUACAGCGCGUCUACUCCUGCAGCGAGCUCUUCCGCUUACCACGCCUCGACUCCUGUCUACAGCGCAUCGACCCCAGCCUACAGUGCUUCCACUCCCGUCUACCCCGCCUCUUCUUACGGAACUGGUUAUGUCCACCCUACCCCGAAGCCUUCAUCGGCUUCUGAGUACCCCCACUCCGACUACGUCACUACCAUGACCUCGACCCACACAUCUUGGGUGCCAUGCAGCACCUCAGUCGGUCAGGGAGAGCACUCCAGUGUCAUCUACUCAACCUACUUGACACCAACCUACUCCACUGUCACUGUGACUUCGACCGUCCACGGCUCAAAGCCUACACCUGACAAGCCCGUCUACCCUGCUGGUACCCCGGAGGCCCCUAAGCCAACCUACCCUGCUGGUACUCCUGAGGCUCCUAAGCCAACUUACCCUGCCGGUACCCCUGAGGCCCCUGCACCAACAUACCCCGCUGGUACUCCUGGUGCUCCUCAGUGCCCUGCCCCGGUCACUGUCACCAAGACUGUGCACGAGGUUGAGACCAAGACCGUCACCGUUGGCGGUGCUUACACUCCAGGCCCAGCCCCUUCUGUUGCCUACCCUGAGGGUCCUAAGCCGUCCACUCCUGCGGAGCACUACUCAGAGGGCCCCAAGCCUUCCUCCUCCGUGAAGCCCUACCCCGAGGGUCCUAAGCCUUCAUCUGAGGUCAAGCCCCCUUACCCAUCCUCCGGUAGCUCGAUCCACUACACUGCUUCCUCCGCACCUUACCCGAUUCACACCCCUUCCUCAUCUAAGGGAUACCCGGCUGUGACUCCCUCAUCUUCCACCAAGGAAUACCCAGCAUCUACCCCCUCUUCCUCAUCUAAGGGAUACCCGGCUGCUACUCCCUCGUCUUCCACUAAGGAAUACCCCGCUGCCACUCCCUCUUCUUCGACCAAGGAGUACCCCGCUGCCACCCCUUCAAGCUCAGCAGCCUCCUACCCAGUGAACACUCCUUCGUCCUCGAAGGUUACUCCUCAGCCUACUGGCUACGUCGCCUACCCCCACUACUAA